GCGGCCAAUUGUUAGCUAUCAGAAUAGCCAACAAACUUUCUAGAUUUUUAGGUCUAUUAUAUUGGUACUAGAUGUCACCUUAAGUUUUGUCAACCAAAACUAAACUCUAAAUAACGACAUUAAGAUACUUAAUCAUUCUUAGAAAACCCUGACCUUUACACAAAAUAUUCUAAGUGUUUACUCCCUGAAGUAUACUUUUUAGGUUACUUUGUGUAUUGCGGAAAGCAAGUGUUGAUGUUUAUAAUAUUUUUUUUAGUCAAAAAGAAAACUUUACCACUGUAGAAAUGAAACUUAUAACACACAAUAUGCUUACAUCAAAAUGUUUAAAAGGUGUCGUAACUGGUUAUCCGCUCGCUAUCAAUGCUACCUACGUUAAGGUUACAGAAGUUGGUUUUGAUCCCGAAUUUAUUGGCCGUGUUAUACCAAAGUUAGACUGGGAAGUGUUAUGGGUCGCAGCAGACAGUAUAGGGCAUAGUGAAGGCUUACCCAAAACUUUAGAACCGAAAUUCGAAGAAAAUGAAGAAUUUUUAAAAAAGGCUCACCGUGUGCUUUUGGAAGUUGAAGUAGAAGAAGGGCAUCUAACCUGUCCAGAGUCAGGAAGACAGUUCCCAAUCUCGAAAGGAAUCCCUAAUAUGUUACUAAACGAGGCGGAAGUUCAAUAAAUGUUACUAUAGUCUUAAAUAUAUUUAUAAUUUGCUGAUUAAAACUCCUUUGUUUAUAUAAAUUGUAUCAAGACCGAAACCUAACAAUAACAAUGUACCCAAAUGUAGCUUCAGACGCAGACAGUCCUAUUUAUGUUUACUAAAAUCCAAUACAUAAUAAUUGAAUGUACAAAAAGUUAUCAGUAUGAAACCUAUUACAGUAUCUAAUAGUAAUUUCAAUACAUAAUGUUUAAAAUACCCUUGAUGAAACUGCAGAUAAAUCUUUUUAUAAGAUUUUUGUAAAGAUAAAGAACAAGGGGGAAAUGUUUGAGAUUCCAUACAUAUUUUUUUCUUUAAUACAUUUAACAUUAAUUCAAAUUAAUCUCUGGAAAUACCACAGUAAUCUUAAUUUAAUAAUAUAAGUAAAUGCAUUAAUAUUGUGAUGGGUAUUCUGUACUUAUAAUUUAUAUCUUAAAUAAUUAUCAGAUUUAACUUGUAUGUGUAAAAUCUGAGAUCUGUUUGCAAUCUUUUUUAAUGAACUUUGUUCAAAUAAUUUCAACCUCCACCAUUGUAUCUCAACAUUACUAUACAUUGCUUACUGAAGAUCAUGUUAAAAGUUACAUCAAGUUUAAACAAACUGCACAGCAUGACAGUACACAAUAGCUCAUACAUCAUGAUAAUGCUAGCAAUAGGUGACAUUUAUAGACUGCUGAAAAUAUACCUCCAAUGUAUUAUUAGUUUGUGUCAUUCCCUUUGUGUACAUUGAAGUGUUAAUGAUUCAGGUUUUUGUCCAUAAGGAUAUAUUGUGCAGUCUAUUUUUGUGACUAUUAUGCUCUUACAUCAGUUACAGAACUGUUAUAAAUACAAAAAUUGGAGAUAGAAAUUUCAUGUAAUAUAUUUAACUUGGUCUGAAUUCAUUUAUAUGUUAUUAUGUUUGGAAACCAGCCAAUAUUUUUUAAGAAAAACAUGUUAUCAAAUGCAAAAUAUAUUUCCUAGGUUAUUUAAUAUUGAAUAUUGUUUUAUGAUAGAGGAGACUAUGUCAUUAUUAUUAUCGUUAUUAUUGUAGUAUACCAACUACUGUUUCUAGUGUUAAAAUAAAUUAAUUGAAUUAUACCAAAAGUGUAUAACAAUGCAUGAAACAGAAUCAUAGAAUCAAAGAGUUCUAAGACUAUAUAGCAGACAUUGGAAAGAUUAUCAUACAAAAAUUUUGCAUUCAUGCGAUGGCUACUCAAUCUACAGUGAAGAAGCGAAAAAGCAUUGUGAAAUAUUUUAAAUUUUUCCAUAUCAUGAUUUGCAUGUUUUUAAUGCUAACAUAUUUGUUAUGAAUGUUAGCAUAUUUUCUGUAAAUAUAUUAUUUUUGUAUUAAUUUCUAAGGAUGCUAUGACAUCUUGUCAUAUGGACAUUUCAAAUAAGACAGCAACUUAUUACAAUUUUUGGAGCAAAAAUUUGGCCCUGAUAUGAUUUGGUCUAUAACUUACUAUAUAGUUUAAUGUUUUUGCAUAGAAUACAAUGUAGGUAGUAUGAGAGUUGAGCAGGAUUGAAUUAUUACAUUAUAAUAAUGUACAGUGAUGGCUUUAGGAUAAACAUGUCAUUAAUCUGUUUAGAAACAAAAUAAAACAUUGAAAUCUACAAUAUAGCAUAUAGCUUAACUGAGUUCUUGCAACAAGUUUAUUAAGGUUUGCCUGUCAAUGGAAGCAAGAUUUGUCUCACCAUUGUCUUUAGACAGGGCAACUUUAUUACAUCCUUUCAAGAGUUGCUUAUGAAGGUGAGAAAAUUGUCCAAUUGAGGCAUAUUAUAUGUUAUUUCUCUUGAUAAGUCAUUCAUUCUUUGAGCUGUUUUUAACAGAUUGACUCAAGGUUAACAGCAAAAGUAAAGUUUAUGCCAUGAAGUAAUGAGCAAAUGAUCUUGUGUUUUUUAUUGAAAUAAAUUUAAGGUUUAAUUUUCCUACUUUUAUUAAUUACAUAAAAUAAUUAAAAA